CGUUGGAUGCAAGAUUCCGGGUAUGACAGUCAGCUGACAGCACUCGUACAGUGUCAGUAUAUCGACGCAGGGUGUAUUUAGUGGUAAACGUGGAGAAUAAACAGCAUAAUGCCCACAAAUCCGCCGAAAAUCAAAGUGCUGAGUUGUGGCAACGAGAGGUUGCAGAAACUUAAAGAGGCUUUUCAUGGAAAAUAUGGCCAGAUGCCUCUCUUUUAUGCUUGUGCACCAGGCAGGGUGAAUUUAAUAGGGGAACAUAUUGAUUAUUGUGGCUAUGCAGUCCUGCCCAUGGCAAUAGAGCAGAAUAUUCUUGCUGCGGUUUCUGUCAAUGACUCUCAGUCAAUCCAACUGGCCAACACUGAUCCUAAAUAUAAGGAUUUCAGUGUUUCUGUGGACAGGAUCUCCAUUGACAAAGAUAAUCCUCAGUGGUACUUUUACUUCCUUUGUGGAGUGAAAGGAAUCCAGGAGCACUUGAGCUUGUCUUCAUUGUCAGGCAUGAGUUGUGUGGUGGACGGCACUAUUCCUGCCAGCUCAGGGCUUUCCAGCUCCAGUGCUCUGGUGUGCUGUGCUGGUCUGGUCACAAUGGAAGCCAAUCAGAAGUCUCUGUCUAAGGUGACUCUUGCAGAAACUUGUGCAAAGUGUGAGCGUUUUAUUGGCACUGAGGGUGGAGGGAUGGAUCAGUCCAUUUCUUUUCUAGCGGAGAAGGGAACUGCCAAGCUGAUAGAGUUUAAUCCGCUGCGUGCUACAGACGUGAGGCUUCCCGAUGGGGCUGUGUUUGUAAUUGCAAAUUGCUGUGUUGAGAUGAACAAGGCGGCCACGUCUCACUUCAACAUGAGGGUGGUGGAAUGCCGCAUUGCCACAAAGAUGUUAGCGAAGGCAAGAGGUCUGCAAUGGAGUCAGCUACAGAAACUGGGGGAACUGCAGAUGGAGCUGCAGGCGAGUCUGGAUGAGAUGCUGGAGCUGGUGGAGGAGGUGCUGCACCCCGAACCGUACAGCACAGAGGAGAUCUGCAAGACUCUCAGCAUCAGCACUGAACAUCUACGUGAAAACAUCCUCAGCACCAACACACAGCAUGCGACCCACUUUAAGUUGUACCAGCGUGCCAGGCAUGUGUAUGGCGAAGCUGCACGUGUGCUGCAGUUUAAGGCCGUUUGUGACUCUGUCCCUGUCAAUGCGGUUGCUCAGCUGGGGGAUCUGAUGAACCAGAGUCAUGUCAGCUGCAGAGACCUGUACGAGUGCAGCUGCCCAGAGCUGGACCAGCUGGUGGACAUAUGUCUACAGGUGGGUGCUGUCGGGUCGAGGUUAACCGGAGCUGGAUGGGGAGGUUGCACGGUUUCCAUGGUUCCCAGCGAAAAGAUAGAUUAUUUUCUCCAAACUGUGAGGGAGCGAUAUUACACACCUGACGCCCGCCGAUCCGCUCUGGAAAAACAGAGUUUAUUUGUGACGAGGCCGGGAGGUGGGGCGGCUAUUUUCACAGAGGAAUGAAUCGUAGAAGGGUGAUUUAAACAACACAAUUGAGCCAUGGCCUGUGGCUUCAGAAGCCAGUUGAGAUACAUAUAAUUGCAGUCAAUCCAAAUAAAAGAGGAUCAGAGUUAACCUGAAGAAUACACUCUGUAUGGGCAUUUUCACUCUACUGUAUGUAUAUAUAUAUAUAUAUAUAUAUAUAUAUAUAUAUAUAUAUAUAUAUAUAUAUAAUAUAUAUGACUUAAAAGGAACUCAGAGCAAAAGAAAUCAGUGCUCUAAUAAUUGAAAACCUGUUUCAAGGUUGUAUACGCACUAUAUGCAAGUGAAAAGAAUUACUGAAUACAUUCCUACUUUUGCUGCACUUUUCUGGAAGCAUUCAAGGUCAAUAUCUGAUUACUGGCACAUUCAAUAAAUAACAUCUCUAUGUUUGCAAGUCUUGUCGUUUUCUGUUGAUAUUUAAAAUGCAUGUCAUUAUUGGUGUUAUUGGCAUUAAUGCAAGCAUCACUAUUACUAUUACUCAUACUGUUCUUAAACCAGAAACACACUUUACGCAAGUAUAGUACUCAUAUGCAAUUGCAAGCGCUUGCCCAAUGCUUUGUCAGUGUGCAGUCUGGUUGAACAUGCUUAAACGUACACUAUAUUGCCAAAAGUAUUCGCUCACCCAUCCAAAUAAUUGAAUUCAGGUGUUCCAAUCACUUCCAUGCCCACAGGUGUAUAAAAUGAAGCACCUAGGCAUGCAGACUGCUUCUACAAACAUUUGUGAAAGAAUGGGCCGCUCUCAGGAGCUCAGUGAAUUCCAGCGUGGUACUGUGAUAGGAUGCCACCUGUGCAACAAGUCCAGUCGUGAAAUUUCCUCGCUACUAAAUAUUCCACAG